UUUCACACAACUCACAACACAAACACGUACAUUUGGUACGCUUUUGUUGCCUUGUAUACAACAUGGGUAGUUUGAAGCCCCUGGCUCUUGUUGCUUUGCUUAUUUCAACAUUUGCUUUGUUGUCUGAAAGCCGAGUGGCAAGAAAGGACCUAGGAUUGGACCUUGGCGGGAUUGGAGUUAGUAUUGGUACUGGGAUAGGCCUUGGACUAGGAGGAGGAGGUGGUGCAGGCUCAGGCUCGGGUUCUGGGUCGGUCUCAGGCUCGGGCUCAGGCUCAGGCUCAGGUUCGGGUUCAGCUUCUGCCUCAGGAUCAGGUUCUGGGUCAGGCUCGGGUGCAGGGUCAGAAGCAGGUUCGUAUGCUGGGUCUAGGGCCGGAUCAGGAUCGGGAGGCAAUCAAGGAUCAGGCUCUGGCUCGGGACAUGGUGAGGGUUAUGGUGAGGGUUCUGGCAGAGGCAGUGGCGGUGGCUCCGGUCAAGGUUCUGGUUAUGGUGAAGGCCGUGGCUAUGGCUCAGGAUCUGGGAACGGGCAUGGAAAAUGAAGACACAUGCUCGACCAUUUUCUUUGGAAUGAAAAGAAGUCUUAAUUAAUUAGUACUAUAUAUAUAAGAAUAAAUAAUUAAGUUGUGAGUCUUAUAUUAUAUGCAGCAUGAAGUAUCCUUCCUUUGUAUCCUAUUUAGAAUCCUACGUCAAUUCAAGAAAUGUUGGCC